AGAAUGAAUGUCGGCUAGGUGUGGCAGCCAUUUUUUUGGUGUGGGGUCACGUCCAAGUUGAUCACUGCUGCAAGUAAAUAACUGUCCUGUCAUUAAUCCCAGCGCCCAAUGCGCCUUUCAUGAGGGCGGCGUGAAUCUCAGUGUCCGAAAUUACCGGACACCGGCCUUCUCCCCGCACUGACGUCACCGCAAUUCUCUCUUUCGUUCUCUGAAGAGAGGUUGACUGGGAUGACAGUUCUGCUUCUGGGACAACAGGAUUGUGCCAGGAAGUAAAAAUGCGCUUCCCUCCUAGCUUAGCAGUUUUAUGAUAGAGUAAGAGCACAAUGGCCAGCCAAGAGCACCCAAGAACGGCAGAGACCCGCCUUCGGGAACUGGAGGCCGUUUUCUUGGGUGGCCCUAUUCAGGCGAAAGGCAAAUGCCUGUCGGUGGAAUCUCUGCUGGACGUGUUGCUGGUGCUCUAUGAUGAAUGCUGCAAUUCGUCUUUGCGGAGGGAGAAGACCGUCUCCGAGUUCAUCGAGUCAGUAAAAAAAUGUGCGACAUACGUCAAAGGCUCCAGACUGUGUCGCGACGACUUCGAGAUUCUGAAGGUGAUAGGACGAGGCGCUUUCGGAGAGGUGUGCGUAGUUAAAAUGAAACACACAGACAAGGUUUACGCAAUGAAGAUUUUGAAUAAGUGGGAAAUGCUCAAGAGGGCAGAGACUGCGUGUUUUCUGGAAGAGCGAGAUGUGUUAGUUUACGGAGAUAGGAGAUGGAUCACAAAUCUUCACUAUGCGUUUCAAGAUGAUAACAACUUGUACCUUGUAAUGGACUAUUAUUGUGGAGGUGACUUAUUGACGUUGUUGAGCAAGUUUGAGGACCGUCUUCCAGAGGACAUGGCCCGUUUUUACAUAGCUGAGAUGGUGCUGGCCAUCAACUCGAUCCAUGCCUUACGCUACGUACAUCGAGACAUCAAACCUGACAAUGUGCUGUUGGAUGCAAAUGGUCACAUUCGUCUUGCCGACUUCGGAUCCUGCCUCAAACUGUUUGAGGAUGGCACAGUUCAGAGCAACGUUGCUGUUGGAACGCCGGACUAUAUUUCACCUGAAAUCCUUAGAGCUAUGGAAGAUGGUCAGGGACGGUAUGGCCCUGAGUGCGAUUGGUGGUCUUUAGGUGUUUGCAUGUUCGAAAUGAUCUAUGGUGAGACUCCCUUCUACGCCGAGUCAUUAGUGGAGACGUAUGGGAAAAUUAUGAACCAUAAAAACUGUUUUGAUUUCCCUACUGAUUCUGGCUGUGAAAUCUCCGACAAUGCAAAAGACCUUAUGCGUAGGCUCAUAUGUAGUUCCGACAUCAGAUUAGGUCAGAAAGGCAUAAGUGAUUUCCAAAGCCAUCCCUGGUUUGCCAACAUUGACUGGGAAGGUCUGCGAGAGAGCAGUGCACCAUACAUACCUGAAGUCUCUAGUCCAACAGACACCUCAAACUUUGAUGUAGAUGACACAGACAUUAGGAUAUCAGAUGCUGUGCCGCCGCAAGCCAACUCUGCGUUCAGUGGUCUCCACCUGCCCUUUGUUGGCUUCACUUUUACACAGGGCAGUCCGUACUCCGAUCUGAACUCCGGAAUCUCUAAUGGCGUGCAAACUGUGGUUCCGGCUGAUAGUUUGCUGACAGCCAAGAUUUCUCAGUUGGAAGAGGAGAAUUCUCGAUUGGUGAAACGGUUGCAGAUGACACCAGGGUCAGCAGCAGAUGAAGUCAAAUUGUCUGCUGACGAAUUUCGGAUGCUGCAAGAUAAAGUGAUGCUGCUCACUGAGAGAAACACAGAACUGGAGACUUUGGUUCGUAGUCAGGGCAAUUCUAAUGACACAGAAGAGCUAGAUAAAUUAAUAAGUAUGCUUAGGAAGGAGAACGAAAAUGUGCAAAAGGAAAAGCAGGAUAUACUAGAGAAGAUAAAGCUACAAGAAAAAGAGCUGAAAGAUGCUCUCAGCCAAAGAAAAUUGGCAAUGACUGAAUACACAGAAGUUACGGAUAGGCUUUCAGAGCUGCGUCAACAAAAGCAGAAGCUGUCGAGACAAGUUAGGGACAAAGAAGAGGAAUUGGAAGUCAUGAUGCAGAAAGUAGACUCGCUUCGACAAGAUAUUCGUCGAGCAGAGAAGUUGCGGAGGGAGCUUGAGGCCCGAAUUGAGGAGGCGCAAGCCGAAGCUGGUAAGGAGAGGAAACUCCGAGAGAGGACUGAAGAGUAUUGCAAACAAAUGGAGGAAGAAAUGGAAAAGCUGCGCCAAAGAUCUGUCAUCAGCGGUGACCCCAACGCUCCUGGCCUCAACAAAACCACUCAGGAACUUGUCAGGAUGAAAACUGAAUUUGAAAGACUGGAGGUUCAGUACAACGAGGAGCUGGCCGCUCAGCAAAGCAGAUACAACAUUGACUGCUGCAAUUUGCGAGAACAGCUGGCAGAAGUUGAGUCUCAAAGGGAUCUGUUUGAGCGAGAAAUGCAGAUUCUGAAGGACAAGUUUGACAAGUCCCGGCUUGAGAGCUUGACUGACAGUGAAGAGACAAUAUCUGAGAUCAAGCGAAUGCAUGAAAGGGACAAAUUAAUCCUUAUCGAGGACAACAAGAAGCUCAUUCAAGAUAACAACACGUUAAGCGAUUCGAUAAAUAGGAUGCAAAGAGACUAUGAAGAUCUGCGCAACAAAAAGGAGACUAUUGCUCAAUGGGAGGCGCAAAUUAGUGAGAUCAUUCAGUGGGUCAGUGAUGAGAAGGACGCCAGGAGCUACUUGCAAGCCCUGGCAUCCAAAAUGACCGAAGAAUUAGAGUUCCUCAAACACUCUGGUGGUGCUGCACCUAAUUCAGACAAAAACUGGCGCAACAGGCGUUCUCAAAAGUUGGAUAAGAUGGAACUUUUGAAUCUCCAGAGCAGUUUGCAGUCUGAAAUUCAAGCAAAGCAGGCAAUAAGUGAGGAGCUUAGCAAGACUAGAUCUGAUCUCAUUGCAGCACAAAAGGAGCUGAGAGAGACCUUCCUGAGGCUUGAAACCUUUGCCACGGAAGUGAAGCGCAAGGACAACCAAAUGAAAGAGUUGCAGCAUCGACUCGAGUCUGGUGAAGGAUCUGCUAAUUGGAGCCGUAAACAAGGAAGAACCCACACUUCCUCUGUUUUGGACCGGCCACCUUCGCAAAUUUCAUACCUUGAUCAUUUCCUGAAAGAAUCGCCCAUUCGACAUGGUGGCUCCGUUGAAAGUGAAGAAGGAGACAUCGAGGACAACAGAGCGCCUUCUAUCACCAGCAGCAAAUCAAACUUGUCAGACCUAAGCUCACACCGAGUCAGGCGUGGACAAGAGCUGGGCUCACCAAGUGACUCCAAGAUGUUGCCGCAAUUGGCGAUGGGCAGCAUGUCAUCGAUGCGCUCAGUUGGUCCUGCGAUCGGCGUUGAUUCGCACUUCAAGCCUAAGUCUCAUCAGUUCUUGGUGCGGACCUUUUCCUCUCCUACCAAAUGCAGCCACUGCACCUCACUAAUGGUUGGAUUAACCAGACAAGGAGUUGUUUGUGAAGUGUGUGGUUUUGCUUGCCAUAUUGGUUGUUGUGAGAAAGUUCCUGCCAUUUGUCCUGUACCUGCGGAUCAGACUAAGAGACCUCUGGGAAUAGAUCCGACCAGAGGGAUCGGCACCGCAUACGAAGGAUACGUCAAAGUUCCCAAGCCCGGCGGAGUCAAGAAGGGUUGGAUCCGGCAGUUUGUGGUCGUCUGCGAUUUCAAACUGUUUCUCUACGAUAUAUCACCUGAUCGGAAUGCUCUGCCCAGUGUCCAUGUAUCUCUGCUUCUGGAUAUGAGAGACGAAGAUUUUGCAGUUAGUUCAGUGAGGGAUUCCGAUGUCAUACACGCCACCAAGAAAGACAUACCCUGCAUUUUUAGGAUUACUACAUCCCUUAUGGAAUCGAGUGGAAUGAAAAAUCAAACAUUGAUGCUUGCCGAUACCGAAAGUGAAAAAACCAAGUGGGUUGUUGCUCUCUGCGAACUGCACCGUAUUCUCAAACGAAACAAUCUUCCCAAUAGAACUAAUCUCUUUCGAAAGGUUUUCCGUGCUAAAGAUCUCUUGGAUAAUAACUUAGCUUUUAUCAAAAACGCAAUGUCUGGUGCAAUCAUCGACCCUGAUCGACUAGUCUUGGGCACAGAAGAGGGACUGUUUUGCCUCGAUUUGGACCGAAGCGAAAUUGCAAGAGUUGGAGAUGGAAAAAAGAUUUUCCAGCUGGAGUACAUUAUUGAAGAGCAGCUGCUGGUCGUUCUGGCUGGCAAGCAGAGAUAUGUGAGACUUGUACCAGUUCGAGCUCUUGAUGGCUCGGACGUGGAGUGGAUCAAAGUAGGGGAGACCAAAGGCUGCAUCUCCUUCACUACAGGGCCUAUGAAAAGAAUACCCGGAGUGGCUAACACCUAUUGCCUGUGUGUUGCUAUCAAGAAGCAGAACACAUCCCAAGUCAUAAUUUACGAGAUCACGAGAACCAAAGUCAGGCACAAGAGACUUCGAGAAGUUUUGCUUCCAACGCAGGCACAAACGCUCAACAUAUUUAGUGAUGGCCGCCUUUGUGUUGGAUACCAGUCAGGCUUCACAAUUUACAGCAUCAUGGGAGACCAGCACCCUAUGUCGCUUGUGCACCCUGACAACCAGAUGUUGAGUUUCUUAGCCUACAGCGCAGUAGACGCCAUGCUAGCCAUUGAACUAAAUAGCAAGGAGUUUUUACUCGUUUUCCAAACUCUAGCCGUUUAUGUCGACGCUCAGGGACGAAAGUCGAGGGAACGGGAAAUCAUGUACCCUGCCAUCCCCCUUGCAGUUAGCUGCCAAGGUGGACACUUGUUAGUAUACAGUGAGACCCAUGUAGACGUCUUCAAUGUGGCCACCGGUGACUGGAUCCAGACAAUUAAUGUAAAAAAGUGCUUCCCACUGGACCAUUAUGGCUCCCUCGCCAUGUGUACAGUCAAUGAUAUGCCUCAUGUCAUUUACAUCUGCAAUAUCCAUCAACCUGGAGAACUUGUGAACACUACACAGUCUGACCUCACAGGCAGGAAAAUGCCCCGACCUAAGAGACGAUUUUCUCUACGAGAGGCCAAUAAGUCUGCCAGAACGACUGACAGGAGGUCAAAACUCAUAUCUGCACCCACAAACUUCAACCACAUCAGCCACAUGGGUCCUGGAGACGGAAUCCAAAACCAGCGACUGCUCGACUUGCCGACAACUCUGGAAACUGCCGAUCACCAAACGCUUGCCUCUCCACAACCUCUUGCCACUCCUCCUAGGGGCUUCCAUUCUUUGGGUUCAUCCACAAAGUCACUCGCAGCUUCUCAUCAUUCCGACUCCAUCAAGGGACAUGCGCCAAGACUUCCACCUCAGCCACCUCCAUCUCACAAUGGCUCAUCUCGCCGAUCACUGGGUCCUAUGCGGCCAACAGUCACUCCACCCUCAUUGCCUCGGACGCCAGACAUUGACUCAGAAGCUGCCAGCUCUCACCUCUCUGCCGGCAGUGUGGGCUCUUUGCAUGACACUGGCAGAGAACUAGGUCUGAGCAGUAGUCCUAGGCAUUCAAUUGCUUCCAACAACAGCAGCAAUCCAAGUACUCCACCCAGUCCAGCGCACGAGCAGGACUCCAGUUACGACAGUUAAAAAGCUUAGUCAAUAUUCCGAACGCGGAACAAAGAAAGUAUCGUCAACAAGCGUGCUCCUCUCAUACCUCCCACGUUGCAUAAUGCCAUCUUCCACCCGAUUCCCUAGCGAUGUAGCGAAUUUUUGAUUACUAACGCGUGGUAGAAGUAAAAACAGAAGAAGUCGCCUUAAAUUUUUUUGCACCUACAAGAGCAGAUUUUAAAUUUGUUUUGUUUACGCUCGUCUGCGUCUUUAAAAUUCUCUAGCCCUUCUAAUUUACAUAACGGGGAUUUUACUACUAGUCAACUAAAAAGAAAACUGUCACAUGUACAUUAUUAUUAUUAUUUUAACAAAAUAUUAUCUGUGCUUUAUUUAUACUGUACAUAAAAAAUUGUUUUCUCAAAAGGAAAAAGUAAUUACUCAAGUCUGAAAAAUUCAAUUUGAAAAAAGGCAGUACACUUUUAAAAGAGAUGGUACAAAUACGACGAAAACUCCAAUUGGACCCCAGUGCUUUGCUUAGUCACGAAAAUUCUGGUGGUUCCCUUUGAUCGAGCAGCGGCCUCUGAACUUUUAAUUUGAAAUUCCAAAUUUCAGGGCGUUCGAAAUGUCCCUAAAUUUCUUGAAUCGUUUUACUCAAAUUUUAAAAUUUACUACCACCGCUGCCAAGAACAACUGGGAACCACUUAAAACUUAAAAAGUUGUAAGUACCAUUCCUGAGCAAGUUUUAUCGCUCAUCGACGUAUUAUACGAGACACUACUUUUUAUUCAUUGACGAGAACUUCUGCAAUGUAAUAUGAUAAACAAUUACCGAAUUCGCCCCCAGCGUAUCAUAAAAUAAAAUGCAAUUGUGUCGGUGCUAUAGUGUAUCCGUUACUUUUGGUCGCGAGCUUAGAUUGUGUGUGCGGGCCGAGUGAACAAAAGUACGACUCGCGCCCUAGCGAGACAUUAUUUUUGUUCAUUCGUUCUUUCUGCACAUGCAUAUAACACACCUACGUAGUUUUUAAUUAAAAAAGAACGACUCACCAACGCAGGUCAUGGACGAUUCAUUUGGGAAUACAGUGCAUUUUCACCCAACCCUUUGCUUUAUACACACACACUCACUGACACACGCCUCACACAUAUACACAAACACUCAUCGCAUUAAUAUUACGUAUUACUUAAUUUAUUGUAACUUUGUUUUGAAUUACUUGUUUUUUUUUUAUUGUAUCUUGUUAUAUUUCUCUCCUCUUUAGAUUUGCAUUCAGUUUUUUCGGAAGCGAUUUUUUCAACUUCCCAUUUAAUUGAAUAAAAAAAAAAUGCAAUUCUGAAUGAUGAGAGUGCCGCGUCUGUACAUUAUUAAUAAAGUCUGUCAUAAGUUAUUUAAUUCAAACAAAAGCUCGAUUAAACAAAUCAUAAUUACCUUGUCUUUGAAAUCAACCACCAAAGUAUAAAAUAAAUUAUUGUAAUCAUAU